AAAAAAUAAAUUUUUUCAUUGUUGUCUAUGCUCCUUCCUUAUAAAAAGCUAGGUGACCAUAGACUAAUUCUCUUUUCACAUCUAUAGCGCCUUAAGAUGUAAGUCACCUGUGUCGUCCUAAAUAAUUUUAAUUUAAUCCUCAACUCCGAAUUCAGUAAUUUACAGUCGUUGUGUGAUAUUAACAUUCUACCAUGAUAUAAUAAUAAAUUGUGCAUGACAGAGGAUUGUUUAAUUUGUGUCCGCCACCAUUAGAGAAAACCUUCCUGUGCAUUCGACUUUGCUGAAAGGUUAGUGGUCCAGACAAUGAAGGUUACAGGUUACUGUUUUAUCCCAGGAAGGGUUUAGAAAUUAGAAUAACAGGUCCUGUGUGUGCUCGAUAAGAAUAAAACUUGAUUGUUGUCGACUUAGACGAGCAUGCGGGAAAAUAACCUCAAAAUGGCGGAAUCACAAAUUCAAUCAUCUCUGCUACGUCAAUGUCAAUCGGAAGAUGAGAUGGACUGACGAGUUAAUGCUAACUAUGCUGUUAUCGUUAGAAGAUUUGUGGAAUUGCGUCGAUGGCUACGACACGAACGGCGGCGACAAUGCGAGGGCACCGGCGUGCAUCUACCCUUUUCCAUUCAACCGAUUUGUAUCAGCUAAUAAGAAAUUGUAUGAUUGUACGAAAUCUAAGGACGACUGUAGAAAGCUCGCUGACGCCUUUGAAGACUACAGACUACAGGAAAGUACUCCUACUUCGAAAGUCACACCGAGUUGAGUACCACAAUUGUACCUGCGUAUCUGUCUACACUGAAGGUGUGAUGAAGCUCGUCGCCCGGCGUGCUGAUAUAGGGAAGAAUGUAGAGGAUGACGAGGCAGCCGACAUGUUGCUCUCCAGUUUGCCAGAAAUUGUUCUAGUGUCCGGUUUGGAAACUGCUGGAUUUACAAACACACUUACUAUUGAGAUUGUCUAUGCAUUUCCUUUACAAGAAGACCAUCGAAUGAGCAACGUUCAAACUGACUAUGAUAUUUCAUCAGCAUAUUUGAUCAAGGAGAAGAUUACCAAGCUUUUAUGCUCGUGUUGCAAGCGCAAUGGAAAAGCGGCCCGCAGAUGUUUUGUGAAGAGGAAGCGUGAGGGAGCAAUAGCGAAUACAGAAGAUAAAGAAGAUAACGCACUGUGUGCUGCGGCUAACUUAGCUUGUCCCUGUCAAGAUGUCAUCGUGGCUCGUGGCGCGAUUGUUCUCCUAGCUAGUAGUCAUGAAGUUCUUCAAGAAUAUAAUAAGAAGGCAUAUUUGAUAUCUGUUGCUAGUGGAGAACUGCUUAUCGGUGAGCUUUAUGAACACGAUGUGCCAAGCAGCUGCGUACCGUGUUUUACUGGGAAGAUGUCUGUGACAUCUGUUCCCAGGCUGUGCAUUGGAUGUGCUGCUAAACCACUGGAACUGACCCACAGUGACUUGUUGACCAGAUGCAAGUCGGCACUCGGAAUGGAGCCCGCUUCUUGCUGACAUUCUCUGAUGACUGAGCCAGGAGGAGCUUUGGUCAUCUUAUGAAGAAUAAAGAUGUAAGUUCCCUUUUUUUUUUAUUGAUUUGGUAGAGAAACAUACUGAUUUACAUAUUAAAAUCUGAUGCAGUGAUUAUGGGACAGAAUACUGUAACAAUGACUUGUAAAGUUUUUUCUUAAAUUUCAUGGUAUGGUAUAGGUAAUUCACCUUGACGAUGGACUAUUUUUGGAGCAUUUUUAUUUUAAUGAAAGCUAGAACUAUUUUGCAGGAAUGUUGUUUGAUUGAUCAUUACAGGGGCGAUGCUGUAAUGACAGUAGUCUGUUCCCCAGUAGAUCGUUUUCAAAUAAAAUACCUUAAUGUGAAUGGACUGGAUCAAAUUUAUUUGAGUCACUGGUGUGUCUGGCUGAAUAACAUUUUCCGUGUACCAAGAAAUUAUGUUUGUUGGUUAUGGUGAAAAUGUGUAAAAGCAAAUACAAAUAUAUAUAGUGUAAUUGAUCCCAACCAUUAUCACAAAGUUUUUUUUUACCUGUAGCUUUCUUAGAGGAUAAAUUUAUGGACAAGACACCAGUUGUGAGGCGUGUGUAAGAGCAUUUUACUGUACAUGAUCAUUUAAAAUUUUAUAAAGUUUGAUAAUGCAUUAUUAUUUUAUUUUUACAAAUGAAUGAUGAGCAAUUUUAAAUGAUUUGAAUAAUUAUGAUCAUGUAGUAAAUGAUAACUGUGAUAAUAGUGAUAAUGACAACUGUGAUAUUAGUAAUAUUCUAACAUAAUCUCUAAAAAUGUUUCAGAUGCGGUAGUAACGCCAGAUGUGCAGUCUCCGCUCUCUGAUCAGUUCCUGUCGCUCGAUGAAGAUGGUGGUGAUGAGGGUGACGUGAACCUGCAAUUCAGACACUCCAUCCUCUCUGCCUGACCCUUCAUUUUGAGGAGGAGAGUCGAUUACAUUGGUCACUGCCGAUGCGUCGAUGUCUUGCCCCCGUUCGCAGUACGAGAGGUAUUUUCUCAGAGAAGGUAAUUGUUUGUUAACUGUUGUCACUAUUAGUUAUCAAACUGAACCACUAAUAAACAUACACUGAGGCUAUCAGUUUUUCCUUUUAAAACAUGAGUGGCUUACCUGCUAAUAUGUAUUUUAUUGUAGCAGGGCCAAAGUUUUAUUUUUUUUAUUUAUUUUCCCGCAAGUCGACGUCUAGCGCCUAUUUUGCGUGACGCGCUUUGGUAAUUUAACAAGUAAGAAAUCAUGUAUGGGAACUGGUAGACCGGGCUAUGAAAUUAAGUGGGUUCUUAUUAGAAUUUGCAGGUAAUUUGUUGAGCUGUUAGAUAUAAAGUUCAUUUUGUUGCCUGUGGUUACAGUCAAAAGUAGGGUAAAGUUUUUUUUGUUUUGGAUAUCAAUAUGCCAAUUGUAAGACAUUAAACCCUCAGACUUUUGCUUAGUAUUUCAAAUCAGCCGGCGCUACGUUAUGGUUCGUAUAGACGUUACAUUUUUUUUUUAACGGUAAUUUUUGAUGAACCAUCUAUCUAUAUGGAGCAACCAGCUGGUUAUGAAAUAAUAUUAAAGUAUGUUUACUGAGAAAAAGCAUCGACGGCUUGAAGCAAGCAUGUCAUGUAAAAUGUAAAAGUUUACAGUUUUAAAUGAAAAUGGCUGCAAACAAAGUUAUUGCGAGCCUUAUGUUUAUGUUAAGAUAACCAAAGAUGAAUCUAUUAUCAUUAUUAUGUCUUAGCAUGAUUUGUAUAAUUUCGUUAUGGCUGUAAACAAAGUAUAAUGUGAGCCUUAUCUCUAUGCUAAGAAAUAACAAAGGUUUAAAUAUUUUUCUUAGCAUUUGUAUCUAUCAACGGCUGUAUUAAUGAACUGCUUUCAUUUUUAAAGACUAACUUUGAAAUUCAAUUUUAAAGGAUGUUUAAGGAUUGUCUUGGUAUGAAAGUAACUGUAACAUAUAAUAUCACUGUAUUAGAUCAGUUUCAUAAGGCGCAUUUUGGCUAAAUUUUACAUGAGUAAUUGUAAAUCUGUAUCUACUCUAUUGCCAGUAAACUGCAAGCUGGAUGAAUCUGAUAAGCUGUAUUUACAAGAUGAGUAAUUUUAAUCCAGACAGCUUUUAGAGCCACUUAUGUACUUAUUACUACUGUGCACCCACUCGGAUGUAUCUUACGCUUGCAGUCAGCUGAUUUUGUAUAGUACAGUCAGCAAUGUUUUUCGACUAGAGUCAUUGGCAUGUCGCUAAACGGGUUCUUAAAUAUUUAGCUGGAAUUCUAAAUUAUGGUCUUUGUUUUCAAAGAAGUAAUGAUUUAGAUAAUGUAGCUUAUGCCAAUAGUGAUUAAGCAGAUGACUGGUUAGAUCGCAGAUAUACUGGCUAUGUUAUGAAUUGGUGAAUAUGUGAAUUUGAGUAUAUUGCCAUGUAUGUAAAGAUAUCUGUUUUGUUAAGAAUUUCUUGUCCGAAAUAAUUGACAAACAUUUUGAUGUUAUCAUGUACAUAUUAAUGACAGUGCUCAUAAGUUGUUAUUAGACUUAGAAUAUUCCCAUAAUAAAAGAACUUGACAUAUUGUUUUGCGAUACAGGAUAAUAAUUAAUGUUUUUGUAUUUAUCUACAAAUAGUGCUUGCUGAUGUAUUUACUAUAAGCCUUUGUGUAUUGAGAGACAUAUAUGUUUUGUAAAGGGUUUAAAAUUGAAAUGUAUCGAAUGUUAGUGCAUUCAUUCACAUUUGAAAUUUUGUUUCUUCCUUUAUUGAUUUUAUUAACAUGUAUGUACCUGUAUAUCACGGAGCUUUUUAUUACAGGAGCAUAUAAGGAGGAGUGUUAGAAAAAAUAAAUUUUUUCAUUGUUGUCUAUGCUCCUUCCUUAUAAAAAGCUAGGUGACCAUAGACUAAUUCUCUUUUCACAUCUAUAGCGCCUUAAGAUGUAAGUCACCUGUGUCGUCCUAAAUAAUUUUAAUUUAAUCCUCAACUCCGAAUUCAGUAAUUUACAGUCGUUGUGUGAUAUUAACAUUCUACCAUGAUAUAAUAAUAAAUUGUGCAUGACA